AUGGCAGAAGGCGAUUUUCAAGCCAACCAUCUCAAGCUCAUUGAAGCUCCGCCACCGGAAAAGGCGUCUCGGUUGGUCCAGCUGUACACUGACGUGAAAGCGCACUACCUUGACGCACCGUCUUGCCUCUACGACGCGAGAGACUCUCUGGCGCCGGCACCUGUCCCUCCCAGGCCAUUUCCGGGCCCAGGGAACCCGGCUUCGGGCCGUGGGCCUCGCUUGCUGAGAAUCAGCAUUCCAAACUUCUCUGGGAGACGAGAAGACUGGAAGAACUUCCGUGAUCUCUUCCGAUCGCUGAUCCACGAGGACUCCCAAGUCACCAACGUCGAGCGCCUGUUCUAUUUGAAGUCGCUCGCUCAGGGAGACGCUAACAUCGCCCUCGAUACGAUCCAGGUAGCCAAGGCCAAUUACUCUACGGCAUGGGCUCUGCUUGAAGCGUGCUACGAGCACAGCCACCUUCUCAUCCACAACCAUGUCACAGCCCUGCGGAACAUCAAGCCACUCAGAGACAAGUCCGCCCACGGGUUGCAGAGCCUCUUGGAUACCCUGGAAAAACAUCGCGACCAGCUUCGCGCCUUAGGUCGUCCCGUAGCUGGCUGGGAAGAUUGGUUUGUCUCGUGUGGAAUGACGGGCAUGGAUCCAGCUACGAGGCGUGCAUGGGAGGAGGAGUUCCAACGGUUGGAGAGUACCAUUUCCGGCUCCCAGGUUGACAUCGCCACAUUCGCCACCUUCACCGACUUUCUUUGGUGCCGUUGCCACGCCGCCAGCUCUGUCGAAGCCUCGCAGCCUGCACGUCCCUUCAGUGGGACAGCCGCACGCUCCUCGACAUCAGAACGCAAUUACCACGCCCUCGCCACGAGCAACAAUACGCCUUCGUGCCACGAGGGCCAUUAUCCCGGGCGUUGUGCCCAGUUCCAGGGGCUUGAUGUACGCGCACGAAGGGAGCUCAUCUACCAGGCACGGCUGUGCUUUAAUUGCCUCCGACCUGGGCAUGCUGUGAAGUACUGCCCCUCCCGGUUCUCUUGUCAAUAUUGCCGAGAGCAGCAUCACAGCUCACUGCACGACGGUGCCCGUCGCCGCCGCUCGAGGCAGCCCGACGGCUCUACAUCAUCGAAGUAG